GCUGACCGACCAUGGCAGGUGUGAGCACGACGUGUCCGAAGGUCCUGUUUGUGUGCCUGGGCAACAUCUGCCGGUCGCCGCUGGCACAGGGAGUCAUGGAGGCCGUGGCCCGUGAGGCCGAGGUUGAGCUGGUGGUCGACUCUGCCGGAACUGGGGCAUACCAUGUGGGGGAGGCACCCGAUCCGCGUGGACAGGCGACGGCGAAGCGGCAUGGGCUGGAUACCUCGGGCCAGCGGGCGCGGCAGGCGACCAAGGCUGAUUUUGAUGACUUUGAUCUCGUUGUGGCCAUGGAUCGCGACAACUACGCCCAUCUCCGCCGACUCGCAUCGGCCGACAUGGUUAAGGCCAAGCUCCGCACCUUUAUGUCGUAUGUGCCUGAGGAUGGCCGCAAGGACGUCCCAGACUGCUGGUACGCCGACGAUCCGGAGGAGUCGUUCGAGGAUGUGUACUCGGUCUUUGUCCUCGGCUGCCCACGCAUCCUGGACGAGCUCCUUGCCUCCCGUGCAUCGUCGUGACCGCCAGCAGUCCGAAUCGGAUAAACCGGUAGUGUGAGCGCAAA